GGGUCUGCUUGAUGACACACAGAUGGAGAAAUGAUAGAUGGCCAGAUAUGACAAGGCUUCUUUUUGUGUUUGCAUGAAUUAGUUUCAGUCUUUUGGACAGCGGCGGUCGUCUGUACACGCCGACUGCUUGGCACAACGUCAACCCUGCGCUGCAUCACAAAGUACACUUUGCCUCCCUUCGUGUCUCCCAACAGCUACUCGACUACCUUCAGAGCAGCGCUGUUCUUCUGGAGCUUUGGGGGCUUCAAGAGGGCUGUGCAGAAUUGGUAUCAUCUGUGGAAGGCGCUCAAGUGAGCACAGAGGGCAUUGUCAUCAUUGAUGAGACUGGGAUGGUUAAUACUAUUCCCGCAGAUUGCUUAGAGAUGAACAGUUCACUGAGGAGACUUCAGAGAGACCUUGAAGAACAGAAAAGAGUCAAUAACAACCUCAUGAAGGAGAAUCAACUUUUAAGAGGACAACUCAACGUGACCAACGUAGGCGGUGACAGUGGGCGGAGUCGCUCGGUUCGGCCCAGUUGCGACGCAGAGUUUGCCCGCUCAUUGAAGCAGUUCUACCACAACAUGACUUCAGUCAAGGCUCAGCUGCAGAGUCUGCGCAGACACAGGCCCAGCGAGUCAUGUGACCUGAUGGGACUCCGCCUCUUCGUGGACGAGCACAGCGGUCUGCUGAAGGACUUCUCCGAACAGCUGGAACAAAGCGUGUCCGCUCUCAAACAAGACGUCGCCGCAAUCGUCCGACGCAAGCGGGAACGAUCGGGAACUUGGUCUUGACUCGAGGAAACGUUAAGCACUGAGUGUGAACUAUGAGUACAGAAUAAAACACAACUCACGUUCAAACUGUGUCUGUAACAAUACUUUAGAUCACUAUUUUAUUUAAUUUGA